GCAGUUAGACCUGCUGUGACGGAAUGUUUACAUGUGGCUUUACAAGCAAAAUCCCAAAGACAGCACAUUGGGACGUAGGCUUACUUUGUAACACUAGGUGGCAGCAUUAACAAAAUCAAGUUUUAGUUUGUUUGCAAGGUCAGGAUUCCAGUUGAGUUUUCAUCCCACCAUGUAGUCACACAGGCUGAGAGCAGAUGGAUAUAAUGAGGACUGCUGACCCUCUGACUCGCUCUGAGGUGUUCAGCCAGCUCAGGACGGAGCUCUAUGGAGAGCUUCAUUCCAGUCAUUCCAAGAGCAACAUAUUCAUCAUCCUGGGAGCCUCUGGCGAUCUUGCAAAGAAGAAAAUAUACUCCACUUUAUGGUGGUUGUUCAGAGAUGGUCUGCUUCCACACAACACAUACUUUGUGGGAUAUGCUCGUUCUAACUUGACAGUGGAGGACAUCAGGAAAGCGUGCCUGCCUUACAUGAAGGUUGCCGAUGAAGAGGCCAAUCGCCUCGCGGUCUUCUUCAGCAAGAACUCCUAUUUGAGAGGCAGCUACGAAGACGGAAGCUCGUAUGAUAAACUUAACGCACAUUUGUCGUCCCUUGUUGGGGGAGCCGACGCCAACCGGCUCUUCUACCUGGCUCUGCCCCCCACCGUCUACCACCACGUCUGUGCAAACAUCAGCCAGCACUGCAUGAGCCCCAUAGGGUGGAACAGGCUCAUUGUGGAGAAACCUUUUGGGCGGGAUCUCAACAGCUCACAGGAGCUGUCGACCCACCUUGCCUCCCUCUUCAAAGAGGACCAGAUCUACCGCAUCGACCACUACCUGGGCAAGGAAAUGAUCCAGAACCUCAUGGUGCUCAGAUUUGGAAACCGCCUCUUUGGACCCAUAUGGAACAGGAACAACGUGUCAUGUGUGGUGCUCACCUUCAAGGAGCCUUUUGGGACUGACGGGCGUGGAGGAUACUUUGAUGACUUUGGGAUCAUUCGGGAUGUUAUGCAAAACCACCUCCUCCAAAUGCUGUGCUUGGCUGCCAUGGAAAAGCCUGCCUCCACCAAGCCAGACGAUGUGAGGAAUGAGAAGGUGAAGGUGUUGAAGUGUAUUGCUCCGGUGGAUGCGUCACAUGUCGUUCUUGGACAAUAUGUGGGAGACCCUGAUGGGGAGGGCCAAUCCAAGUUGGGUUACCUUGACGACCCUACUGUACCUGAAGGCUCCUGCACACCUACGUUUGCCACCGCCGUGCUUUAUGUCCGCAAUGAAAGAUGGGAUGGUGUCCCGUUUAUCCUGCGCUGUGGUAAGGCCCUGAACGAGCGCAAGGCGGAGCUGCGGCUGCAGUUCACUGACGUGCCCGGCGACAUCUUUGCCACAAGCUGCCAGAGGAACGAACUGGUGGUGCGAGUGCAGCCCAACGAGGCCAUCUACCUGAAGAUGAUGACCAAGAGGCCUGGGGUUUCCUUCAGCCCAGAAGAGACGGAGCUGGACCUCACUUACAGGAGCCGUUACAAGAAUGUGAAGCUACCAGACGCUUACGAGAGGCUCAUCCUGGACGUCUUCUGUGGCAAUCAAAUGCACUUUGUCCGAAGUGAUGAGUUACGAGAAGCCUGGAGGAUUUUUACACCGCUCCUCCAUAAAAUGGAAGAACAGAAGACACGCCCCAUACCCUACAAAUAUGGGAGGAUCUGCCUCCCGGGAGCCUUUUUAGCCAUGGAGACCAGCUGCUGAGUCUCUGCCCCACCAGAGUCCGUUUGGAGAGACUGGAGGAGAUGUGGAUGAAGAGACAGGGCUGCGGAGCUAGCACUGAGCGCCGGGAUGGACAGGCUGAAUGAGCAGGUAUCUAAGGGGGACGGCGUGGCGAAGUUGGUAGAGUGGCCGUGCCAGCAAUCGGAGGGUUGCUGGUUACUGGGGUUCAAUCCCCACCUUCUACCAUCCUAGUCAUGUCCAUUGUGUCCUUGGGCAAGACACCUCACCCCUUGCUCCUGAUGGCUGCUGGUUAGUGCCUUGCAUGGCAGCUCCCGCCAUCAGUGUGUGAAUGUGUGUGUGAAUGGGUAAAUGUGGAAAUACUGUCAAAGCGCUUUGAGUACCUUGAAGGUAGAAAAGCGCUAUACAAGUAUAACCCAUUUAUCAUUUAUCAUUUAUGACACCUCGGUCUCCUUGGACGUAUCCUCGCUCAUCCAUGUGGACUGGACACUGGCCGAGUUAUUCGGCAGCCGAGAGUGGAGUCGGCUCUCUUGGUUGCUUUGUUGGGUCUGCUCCUGUCUCUGGCCAUGCUCCCCCCACCCCAGCAGACAAUGGCGUGGAACACCGCAGAGGCCAUGACCACAGUGUAUAUGUUUAUUUUACUUUUUAUUCAUAGCUGUAUGUAGUAGUGGCUGGUUGCAUCAGCUCUGCUCUUUUAAUGUCUUUAAUGUCCUUUGUGUUUCCCUCCUACACACAUGUAAGAGGGAUGUGUGCUAUGGCUAUGAGUUGUUUUUUCCCUUGGCCUCAGUCUAGACCCCCUCUCCAGGGGCCCAGGCUUAGACCGAUUUUAUUUUUCCUCAACCCCCCAUUGUAUACCUGUUUCUCACCUUUUUUGUAAGGGGCGCCGGAAGUUGGCAGACCCGUCAGCGAUCCUGUUCUGUCUCCUUGUAAUGUUUGUCUGAUCUUAAAUGGGAUUGUGCUGAAAUUUAUUUUUUUUUCCCCUCUGGGAUUAAUAAAGUAUUUCUGAUUCUGA